AUGACUCUUGGUGGAUUUACAUCAGAGAACUCUUUGGAUAUUAGGAGCGACUCUAUGUCUGGAAUUUAUGGAGAACGGUCGCAGGUAGAAGCAGGUGGUGGUGAUAUCGGAGAGGGCGGCACGCCUGCGAUCAAGAAUGUGAAGCUUGAGACUUUACAGCAUAACAUGGGAAGUACUCCAACAGAAAUGAACGAUUUUUUAGCAAUGUUAGACGAUAAGACGACAUACAGCGAAGUGAUUCAGUUGACAGAACCCAACAUGAGUUCCGAACGGCCGCAAUCGAUGGAUUAUAACACGGGCUCUGAAUUGAGCUUCAACGGUCGGGACAUGAUUGGGGCUGGGAGUCCUAUGGGAAGUUACCCUAAUUCGCAACGGAUUUCUAAUCGGAGCUCAAGAGACCACACCUUGAACUAUUCUGAACCAGAGCCUGGCGAUUCUGGAGAGCUUGGAGAGACAAUGGACCCGCUUACAGCUAUUGCGUCAGCUAGCAUUUCUUCAGUGCCUGGUUCCGAACAACAUUCUCGGGUGCCGCAAGUUCAAAGGAUGACUCAACAACCGCAAACAACUGAAAAUUCCAUGCAGAAGACCACCUUGAACUCAACUUCAAUACAAGACUUUCUAGAUAACAUUGACAAUUCACAAUCUGAGGAACAAUACAUAAACCCAUAUUUGCUCAACAAAGAGAUGAACGGAGCUGGUGUCGGACCCUCGCUGUUUAUGGAUAGUGGGACUGACAUAGACAAUAAUAAAACGAACGAUGAUACAAACCCGAUAAGUGAGAAUCCAAUGAUGCUAGAGGACCUGACAGUGUCUCCACAACCUGUAUUUUCUGAUAGAAGACGUAUGAGUGAGGUAGCAAGCGAAAAAGUUGGUUACCCAUCGGGGCCUAGAGGAUCAAUUUCUCACCAAGUCGAUUUUUGGAACUUAUCCUCGGCAGGCUCAAGCAACCCACCAUUAUUGAAUAUGAGCCCCAACAAAAGUGCUCAACUACAGCAGGAAAAUAACUCGGAACUGUUUGAUUUGAUGAGCUUUAAGAAGAAAGGAAGACAACAAUCGCUUCAACAACAAAAGAUGCAUAACCCAACAACACAACAACAAAAAGACUUACAACACGGUGACUUGCAGCAGACUCAACAACAACAGCAGCAGCAACAGCAACAACAGCAACGCCAGAGUGCAUUCAAAAUUGAUAAUGAACUCACUCAACUACUAAAUGCUUACAAUUUGUCACAACCUAACGUCACGGCUAGAAAUGCAAACAAUAUUAAUAAUAACAGUGGCACCGCAACUAAAAUGAGGACAGGUUCCUUCAAUCAAGCAAACAUCAAAAGAAGUAAUUCUUCAACACAAGAAGCGCAUAACAGGGUUGGAAAACAGCGAUACUCUAUGUCGUUACUAGAUGGAAACCAAGAUGCUAUAUCAAAGCUCUACGGUGAUAUGGCUAGAAAUGGAAUGUCGUGGGAGAACGCAAUAAUAUCAGACGAUGAAGAAGAACGGGAUAGACAAGAUGACACACAGAAAGUGAGAAGAAAAUCUUCUUUAAAUAGGAAGAACCAAGAAGUUUCCCAAAGCUCUGUUGAUGCCACUGGAGGAAGAUUCAUUUCGCCGCAAUUACUAAAUAACGAUCCAUUGUUGGAAAACCAACUAAAUGCAGGACAAAAUUCUUUGGGAGUUGAUAGAUCUAACCUCAACUUUGAACUCAACUUACCUAUUACGAACCCAGAGGCUCUGAUAGGUGCAACAUCUCCAAACUCAAUGACAACCUCAAGCAAUGUCAGCUCAACAGGCUAUAAUUCAGCUGGUGCUGUAGCAGGCCCUGCAUCCGGACAAAGGAGAAAAAGGUUGAGUAUGUCAAAGCCGAAGGUCAUGACAAAGGCAACUUCUCCACUGGAUGGAGAAGAAAAGCCAUUUAAAUGUGACCAAUGUAGCAAGACUUUCAGACGCAGCGAGCACUUGAAGCGACAUGUUCGUUCUGUUCAUUCAACAGAGAGACCCUUCCACUGUCAAUUUUGCGAUAAGAAGUUCAGCAGAAGUGAUAACUUGUCGCAACAUUUGAAAACGCAUAAAAAACAUGGUGAUAUAACUGAACUCCCACCCCCAAGAAGGGCAACAAACUCAUCCAGCAAAUAG